AUGUCGCCAAUUAAGGCCCCGGUCAACCUUCCAGAGCUUGUCAGGGCCGCUUUCAACAACGCUCGCUCAAACGGCGACCUGACAUACUACGCGACCCAGGUCACCGUGCUUCAUGCCAGCUCGAUCCCGUUCCAGCUCCGCUUCUCGCCCGCUUUGGCAAACAAGCCGACCGCGUCGAGGUCCAAGUCUGGCGAGCCCCGGAAGCCCUUCGAUCCGUUCGAGAGCCCAGAGAAGGGCCCCCUGUUCAUCGUCGACCUUCCCGAUUCGGGUCAUAACCUGGUUCUGAACAAGUUCGCAGUUGUGCCGCAACACUUCAUAUUGGCCACCAAGGAAUUCAAGCAACAGACCCACCUCCUCGAGCCUCGUGAUUUGGCAGCUACCUACGCUUGCAUCGAGGCCUACAGACAAUAUGGACAUGCCCAUGAGGGAGGGGACGGCGAGCUAUACGCAUUCUUCAAUAGCGGCCCGCACUCGGGAGCAAGCCAGCCACACCGUCACAUCCAGCUUUUGCCUGUCGCGCGGAUGAGGGACGGGCUGCCGGAGGACUCGCGGUGGGAUGUGCUGACAAGACGCCUGGGCUCGUCCGAGGCCUCGGGCGUACCAUUCUCCACCUUCGCAGACAAGAUCCAUCGCGAUAUGACGCCCGAAGAGAUGCACUCCAUUUAUCUGUCACUUUUCAACUCGGCAGUCGAAGCGGUAAUGGCCCAUGCCGGCACUGUAAACGAUCCCCGCGAUGGCGAUGCUCCCAUCAGCUACAAUCUGGCCAUGACCAGCGACCGUUUGGUUGUCUUGCCUCGAUUGGCUGAAGGGGCGAAGAUCCGCCAGGAUGGCACGCCGGUGGGCGAGCUGUGCCUCAACGGGACGGUCCUGGCCGGAACCGCUCUGGUGAAGAACGAGGCCGAAUGGAACGUGCUGAAAGAAAAGAACGACGGCGUCCAGUUGUUGGAAGUCUUAUCGAAAAUCGGCCUUCCUGUAGAUGGGGGACACGCUAGGAAACUGUGA